UUAAGUCUGGAGACGUGAGAAUAUUCUCGAGGGAGAAGCCAGGGUUCCACUCCUUGAUGUGGGACGUGCCUCAGCACUCUGACUUGGAUAAGCUGCCAGUAUACAGAUGUGAUCUCUUCCUAAAAGGACCCGGCUCAUCCCGAAAUAUUCCUCGGACAAUGGGACAGAAUGCGGGGAGGGAAAGGGUGUCUCUAAACUCUUGCCUGAACCUCUGUUAACGUCAGGAGUGGAGCCAGGGCAGGAUGGAGGCUGAGGGUGGGGAGGAGGUACAGAGGGUAAUGGUGAGGGGAAGACCUGCUGGGGACUCUUGGUCUUGUGAGAGCCAGGCCCUGAGGUGACAACUUUUACAGAAUGUUCUUUGUAUUCUCUAAUCUGAGGAUCCUUGGUUGAGACUUGCCAGAGCAGACUGACAGCUUCAGGAAUGUGAACUUGAAGUCCGUGUCCUUGUAGCUUAGACCUGGCAGGCCCUGGGUGGGAGCCACCUCUUCCCCAACCCUAUUUCUGCUGCUUCCUGUAAACAAUGAGGGCCACAGAAGCAGCAGCUGGAGGAGGAGGGAGCACAGCCAAGCAGACCUGGCCACUCUCCAGCCAUGUUCUUCAUUUGCAACGUGACCUCUAGAGACUCAGUUUCUCUGUGCGCUUGAGACCUCUUCUGAGAUGUCAGAGCCACAACCCCCCCCCCCUUGCGGUAUUGGGGGGAUAGCAGGUAGGGCAGAGGUGCUACCUUCUCUGAGGCUGGAGAGGAAAUCCUGUGCCUUGAACCACACCAAGCGCCAGUUAGGAGUGAGUGAAGAAGGCACCAUCUGCCCUUCCCCCUUUGUGGGGGAAGCUCUGCACCCACCUCCCUCUCUGGCAUUUACUUCCUCUUUCCUUUUGGAUCUCUGUUCAGAUUGCAUGGGGAGACUUGUCUCCAUCCUAGGCUCUGCUUUGUCAAGUCAGAGGACAACAGGAAGAAGGGUGAGCCCGAGCCAACCUAACUGCCCUGGGCCCUCCUGUUCCGGGGUGGGGCCUCUAGAUCACUAUCAGGGUCUCAUAGACAGCGCCUACUUGGUAGGAAGUGGAGCCCCAGACCCAAGGACCCAGAGCAGGACUAGGAUCAACCUGCCCAGGAUACCCCACAGGAUGCCCCAAGACAGAAGCCCAGAGAGUCUGCUGAGAGAAAACACAUUCUACUUACAAUUUAACAACGGGCACCGGGUCCAGCCAGUCCAGCAUCGCUACUACCAAAGGAAAACCUAUCUGUGCUACCAGCUGGAGCGGUGCAGUGACCAAGAGCCACUCAAAGGCUGCCUGCAAAACAAGAAAGGUAAACAUGCAGAAAUCCUCUUCAUUGAUGAGAUGCGUUCCUUGAAGCUGGGUCAAGAGCGAAUCACCUGCUACCUCACAUGGAGCCCCUGCCCGAACUGUGCCCAGGAACUGGUUGCAUUCAAAAGGGAUCACCCGUGCCUAGUCCUGCGUAUCUAUGCCUCCCGCCUGUACUUCCACUGGAGGAGGAAGUACCAGGAGGGGCUGUGUUCUAUGUGGAGAUCAGGGAUCCAGGUGGACGUCAUGGACCUCCCACAAUUUACUGACUGCUGGAUAAACUUUGUAAACCCCCAAGUGCCGUUCAGGCCGUGGAAGGAACUGGAGAAAAACAGCAGGUGUAUACAGAGAAGGCUCGGGAGGAUCAAGGAGUCCUGGGGUCUGCAAGACUUGAUGAAUGACCUUGAAAAUCUACAACUUGGACCCCCAUUGUCCUGAAUGGCAAGAAGAGAUUCAAGGCAGUCUCUAGCAUGUCUUUCGGCUUCGAUCCCAACACCAGAUCCAGAAGACUGUUCUCUUCCUGAUUUUUGGUUUUGGUUGGUUUUUUUUGUUGUUGUUGUUUUGUUUUUUGUUUUUGAGACAGGGUCUCAUUGUGUAGUUUGCUACUCUGGAACUUGCUACUAAACUAGGCCCUGUCUGAAACUCAUGGAGAUCCACCUGCCUCUGCCUUUUGAGUACUAGGAUUAAGGCAUGCUCCACCAUUUUGGAGGUUGCACCACCAUCCCGGACCUUUCCUUCCUUUCUUUUAUUAUCAACUUAUCUUUAGUUUUCAUUGAUAGGUGCUUAAUUUUGUAAUUGAAAAUUUUAAACUGGUCCUGGCAUGGUGGUUCACACCCUUAAUCCCAGUAACUGGGAGGCAAAGGCAGGAGGAUCUCUGAAAGUUGGAGGGCAGCCUGGUCUACAUAGCAAGCUCAGAACAGCCAGGAACUUCUACACAGAGAAACCCUGUCUCAAAAAAAGAUAAAUAAUAAAUAAAUGAAAAGGAAAAAGAAAAAAGAAAAAGAAAGAAAAAAUUAAGUUGGACAUGAUGGGUCAUAACUGUAAUCAACACUUGAGAAGCUGAGGCUGGAGGAUUGCUACAAGUUUGAGGUCAGCUUGGGGUACACAAAAAAUUAAAAAAUAAAAUCAAGAGAAAAAACA